UGGGUUUCGUCUGUGAGAAGCUGGAGGCUCGACUGCGGAAUUUGAAGAAUCUGGAGGGUGUAAUUUAAAGAAAACAAGGAUUCUCACUGCUUCAGUUUCCUCCGAGAGAUUCAACUCAAUUUUCAAGUCGUUCGUACUUUAAAGGUCAGAACUCAACAUGUCCCAGGCUGAGAAACUGAAGCAGGGCCAGUUCUCCAACCCAGAGACUCCAGGCUAUGUGGGUUUCGCCAACCUGCCCAACCAGGUCCAUCGUAAAUCUGUCAAGAAAGGCUUUGAGUUCACUUUGAUGGUGGUGGGAGAGUCAGGCCUAGGGAAAUCCACUCUGAUUAACAGCCUGUUUCUCACUGACCUUUACCCUGAGAGAGUCAUCCCUGGAGCUGCAGAGAAGAUCGAGCGCACGGUGCAGAUCGAGGCCUCCACAGUGGAGAUCGAGGAGCGAGGGGUGAAGCUCAGACUUACGGUGGUGGACACACCAGGCUAUGGCGAUGCUAUUAACAGCCAGGACUGCUUUAGCACCAUUAUAUCCUACAUCGAUGACCAGUUCGAGCGAUACCUUCACGACGAGAGUGGUUUGAACCGCAGGCACAUAGUGGACAACCGCGUGCACUGCUGCUUCUACUUCAUUUCUCCUCUGGGCCAUGGCCUGAAGCCCCUAGAUGUCCAGUUCAUGAAGGCAAUUCAUAACAAAGUCAACGUGGUCCCUGUCAUUGCCAAGGCUGACACCCUCACACUGAAGGAGCGAGAGAGGCUCAAGCGCAGGAUUUUAGAUGAGAUUGAUGAGCAUGGCAUCAAGAUCUACCACCUCCCUGACGCAGAGUCUGAUGAGGAUGAGGAUUUUAAAGAACAGACCCGAAUUCUCAAGACCAGUAUCCCGUUCGCAGUCGUGGGGUCCAAUCAGCAGAUUGAGGCCAAGGGGAAGAAGGUGCGAGGCCGGCUGUACCCCUGGGGUGUCGUGGAGGUGGAGAACCCUGAGCACAAUGACUUCCUCAAGCUGCGCACCAUGCUCAUAACCCACAUGCAGGACCUACAGGAAGUGACCCAGGAUCUCCACUAUGAAAACUUCCGCUCGGAGCGCCUCAAACGAGGCGGAAGGUUGUCCUCACAUGGUUACAUUCUGCCUCUUUCUCCUGCGAAAGGAGCAGAGCCUGAGGAAUUCGACAAGGACAUGAUUCUCCAAGAGAAGGAGGCUGAGCUACGGCGAAUGCAGGAGAUGAUUGCUAAGAUGCAGGCCCAGAUGCAGAAGCAGGGAGAAGGUGAUGGAGAUGGGCACCAUGUCUGAAGGAAGUGGUCAAGCCUCGCCGGUUCAACUGAGCAAGAGAGCGUGAGGGAGCAGUCUUGACUUUAAAGGGAGCUGCCCACCACUUUCUGUUUCCACCUGUGUUAGUUCUUAGUAUCCAAUUUCUAAAGCAAUAUGGUCUUGUGUUUUUAUAUUUCCAUAUAUAUUGUUUUCUUUUUUUACUUUUGAUAUUUUUACCAUGCAAGUUACUGAUAUGAGGUGUAUCCCUGCAUGGGGUAUUAUUCCCUGAUUUAUUACUUGGAGCCAUUUUGUUUUAUAGAGCAGUCGCACCACAUGCUGCUAAAUUUGAAAGUAACAAACCCUGCUCUCCGGUACCAACUCACUGCCUUCCUGUUCUUCAGCAAUUAGCAUUCCUCACAUUUUUAAUGUGAUGCUUUUCAUCCUGAACUGUCCAAGGUUGCUUUACUUUGAAUGAGAGGCUGCCACCCCACUUCAUCCACCAGUGAAGUGCAGCAUCGACCUGGGUGACACGCGGCAGUCAUUCUGAGCCCACUAGCACCCAUCGCCGACAUGUUAACUAACAACAGACCUACUACGCAUGUGGCCAUUUCCAAAGGCAAGCAUUGCUGAAGCCACUCGUAUUCUGGGUCAAGCAAGGACAGCGAUGGCCAUGUUGCCCACAAGUACAGCAUGGAAGGAUGAUUGCUUGUGCAAACGCUAACAUUUUUUUUCUGUUGGGGCAACUCAGACUUUUCUUGAAACACAUUUUUUCUCAUCCAGACAAAUCCUAAAAAAAAGAGAAAUUGGUCAAUAAACAUGUCAUGACCGGUAUAAUUAUCAAGGACAAUUAUGUAAGGACAUAAAUACAUGCUUUAUUCUAUAUUAGGCAGAUAUCAAAUCUGUUCUGCUGCUUUUUUUUUAAACAAUGUAGUCUGUGUCUAGAGAUGCGUUGGGCUGUGGGUCAGAGUAAAUGCUAUCCUUGUUAGCUGCACAAUGCUAUGUGGUUCAGAGUUGUAAAGGAGUUAAGACCACCUCACCUUAAUUGUUACAAAACAAUUGUGUUCAUGUCAUUGUUUAGGCUUGAAAGUGACCAAAAAAUAAUGUAAUGGAAGGAAAUAAACUGUGAAGAAUUUCAUGACAUCUGUGCAUGACUUUAAAGUGAGGUAUUGUUUUAUCCUUAGUUUUUUCCAGUAGUUUAGUUCAGAGACCGGUGUUAUUUCAUCACACUGUAGAUAAAAUGGCAUCUUGGAAUUGGAUUCUUAUCUGAGAGGAGUAGGGUCCACAGGCUAGUUAAAGGUUUUGUGGGAUUUCUUAAGCACAGCUUAAAACAUAAUAUUUAAGCUGUACAAUAAAUAGAGAUGAACUUCCAGUAAAAUGAUUGGGAUGUAGCCAUCUGAUGAUGUUACAUGGGAGUUUUUCGGAUGUGAGUUAUAUCAUUAAUAAAUAUUGGGCCAAACUUUUUUUUCCAAUGCCUCUUAAAAGUGUUCAGUCGGUUACAGCAUUCCAUGAGAGCUAUAGUCUUACAAAGGAAAUAUGCGUUAUGUAUGUUAUGUGAACUAUGUUAUGUUAUCCCUCCUCCUUGUUGGAAGAGGGUUUACCUUCCCCAGCAUCAGUAUGUGUCAGCCUCAGGAAUACCAUACAGAGCUCCCUAUUGAUGUAUUGUUCUUGCUUUUUACUUUUUGAUUUUUUUAAGGAGAAGUGGAAAAUGUUAAAAAUAACAGGAUGUCCAGUGAAAUGUGUCCGGUAAAUGUAUACAGUUCUGCCAAAAAAAAAGAAAAAAAUGCUGGUGAAAGAAACAUGAAUGGAUGUUGGCAUUUUCCUUGUUAUUAUAUGGUGAUUUAGCAAGGCUAAGCAUGCACGAGGCAGUUUGACCCAAACAACAUUAUGGGUAUUUACAACUUCAUAUUUAAAUGAUUGGUUGUUUAAAUAUCAGACCUACUUAGGGAGGGAGAGUUUGUGCAGACUAAGGUUUCUAUCUUUGUCGGUCUUUGUGGUAUUACCUUUUCUUAUUGAAUCGGUUAACAUUCCAAUCUCUCCUAUUUAAUAAUUUCUAAAACAAAAUUGAAUACUGUCUUGUAAUAAAGUUUAUAUUAAACCCA